AAGUGUUUAGUCUGUGAUAUAUUUUCAAAAUAGAUUCACAUAUAUUAACGUUUCAGUUGCGCUAUUUAAUUUAAAAAAAUGGCUUCUACAAAAGAAAUAUUACAGAUGGACCUGUACGCUUUACUCGGAGUUGAAGGAACAGCGACAGAGAAAGAGGUCAAGAAAGCAUACAGACAGAAAGCUUUAACCUGCCAUCCAGACAAGAACCCAGAUAAUCCUAAGGCUGCUGAGCUCUUCCACCAGCUCUCCCAGGCCCUCGAGGUGCUGACUGAUGCAGCGGCAAGGGCUGCCUAUGACAAGGUCCGUGCGGCCAAGAAACAAGCCGAGGAGCGAAACAGGAGACUAGAUGACAGGAGGAAAAAGAUCAAAUUAGAUUUAGAGGCUCGUGAACGGCAAGCAGAGGCAGAAGCUCAGAAAAGAGAGGAAUUCAAAAUCACCCGAACAUUAGAAGAAGAAAUUACCCGCUUGAGAGAAGAAGGCUCCAGACAGCUGCAAGAAGAGCAGAGACUGAUUCAGGAGCAGAUCCAGAAAGAGAGGGAGUGGAGGCUCAAUGCUCAGUCCACACAUGCAGAUUUUUCAUCAGCGCCGCAAGACAACAGAAAGGUCACCCCUAAAUUAAAGCUUCACCCUGCAUCCAAUACUCCAGGCAGGUCGUCAGAAGAAUUAAAACUACGUAAACUGAAGUGGAAGUGUAAAAAAGAUGACGACACCAACGGUGGAUAUUCCCAGGAAGUUCUUCAAGGCCUCCUUCAGAAGUAUGGUGACAUCUUGAACAUUAUAGUAUCGAGUAAGAAGAAAGGCAGCGCUGUGGUUGAGUUUGCGACCGUAAGAGCAGCGGAACUUGCCUGCAAAAAUGAGAGUGGUUUGACAGGAACCCCUUUAAAAAUUACAUGGCUGGAGGGACAACCUGCGAACGCUGAUCCAACGGCACCCAAUAACUCUUCACAGAACUCUCUGAGCACUGAACGAGAUUACGAGAGCCUGGUGUUAAUGCGCAUGAGGCAGGCGGCAGAGCGACAGAAGCUCAUCGAGCAAAUGCAGCAGGAAGAUGAAGAGGAAGAAACAGUGAAGACCUGAGGACACACACUCAUCAGCUUUACUUAAACAUAUAACCCUUCAUUACUAUUUUGUACUUGUUUAUUGCCCUCGCAAUUUGAAUCCUCACAAAUCAAUAAAGUAUUUUCUUUUGGUAAAUGCUGACAAUCAGGGUUGUGUAACUCAAUGUGUUCUUCGGCUUUCGGCCGAGGGUGUGCCUUAGCAGGAAAAGAUUUUCACUAAGGAAGCACGCAGUCCGCGAAUGGCUUCAAUCAGCCGGCGCACAGCCUGAAACUGCGGACCAUGUCUCUCGGGGUGAAUUUCUGGAUUCAGAACUUGUUCUUGUCCAGUGCUGAACACAGUGGAACUAUGGGAGGAAGUAAACAUGGGUUUUUUUUUUUUUUUUUUUUUAAUGGGAACAGUACUGAUGGAGUUGAUGAAAGGUGACGGGAAGUUCUUUCCUCUCUGAAAUAACUGUGGUGGUUAUGAUGAUUACGCUUCAGAUUUUGUGUAUUGGAGACUGUGGCCCAAAUCACUAAGGGAACGCAUGGAGUCUCAAGGCCAAAUCCGUGAUGAAAGGCUGAUUUUUUUCGGGGCGCUGGCCUUGUUUCCUUACACCUUCCAGUAGGAAAAAUUCCUUGCCGCAUUGUUGGUAUCUACUAAAUAUAUUUGAAACCACUUUAACCAUAAGUGUCUGUUAUGCCCUUCUGUAUUCCAUCAUAUUGUCUUUGAAUAUGUUCGAUUUUAACAAACACCAGAGAUUCUCUGUCCGGUCACUCCAACAGUUGUCACGUUUGAGCAUACCUGAGGCAGGUAAUCAGGAGUUAAUUAUCCAUUUCAAGUAUAUUAGGAACUGGAAUGAAGAGAAAAUGUGAACCGACUGCUGGCCUGCUGAAGUAGAUGGAGAAACUCUGGUGUCCAUUAAAUACAUUGCUGUUUGUCUAAAUAGAUCCUAUUCUUCCCAGUUAUACUUUUUGCCAUCUGUAGACCACCUUCUUUCUUCUCCUGGGGGACCACAAGCCCCUGUUACCACUUCCUCGAUUAACUGCUGUUGAACAUGCUCUCAGAAGUAGUCUGAAAUUCUUAGUCUGACUGAUAAAAGAAUGAUUCAUGAUUCACAGUACAGGAGUAUAGGGUUCCCCUGCUGAGUCUUGAUUCAUCUCAAAGGUUUCUUCCUCCUCCUCCUCUUCCUCCUGUCUCCGUCCUAGAGCGUUUUUUUUUUUAUUUUUCACUGUUGUCUGGGCACGCUUCAAUUUUCAUUUCAUUUGUGUUAUUAAAAUGCUACAAAAAAAAAUAAAAAUCUAUUCAAUAAGUACCACAAGAGGACAGAACAUGCAGCAGAAUACAAGCAGUUAAUAUAAGUCUUGACAAAGUGUACACAGUGUCCUGGAACUUUUUUUUAAUUUUUUUAAAAUCCUGUGCUGAUCCUCACAACUUGGCUGGAGUAUGCAGGUUAUACUGAAUAUUUUAGAUGAAAUGGUUGAAGCCUGCCUGUUUUGUGGAAGUUGUCCUGUUUUUAACAUUUAUGGCAUUUGGCAUUUUUAAAAGCAAUUAUGUGAGUAGGUGGUCAUAAGUGAUAAGUUAUUGAGUGCAGGAAAUUGCUAGUGUCACUUAGAUGACAAAAAAAUGUAUGAUUUAGGCCAGGGGUGGAAAAUGCUUACAUAAUUGUACUUUGUUUCUGUACUCAAGUAUUACUGUGCCAUAUUUAUACUUUAUUUGAGUAUUACUGAAAUUGAAUAAGGGGGCACAGUGCCUUAGUGGUUAGCACGUUUGCCUCGCACCUCCAGGGUUGGGGCCCUGUGUGCGAGGAGCUUGCAUGUUCUCCUCGUGCUUUGUGGGUUACCUCUGGUUUCCUCCCCAGUCCAAAGACAUGCAUUGUAGGCUGAUUGGCAUCUCUAAAUUGUCUGGUGUGUGUGUGAUUGUGCCAUGUGAUAGGUUGGCACCCCAUCCAGGGUGUCCCCCACCUUGUUCCAUGAGUCCCCUGUGAUAGGCUCUAGGCUCCUCGUGACCGUGUGUAGGAUAAGUGGUACAGAAAAUGGAUGGAUGAAAUUGAAUACCGUUAACUUUUUAAAUACUUAUUUAUUUAAUACUAAUACUUAUUUAAGAACUUUCUGUAUUACUCGUAUUUAUUUAUACCUUCAAAAUACUCGUUACAAGUUAUAAAAGGUCUCUUCUUCUCUCAUCCAGCCAAUGACUGUACACUGUACAGCCAAUAAAAUGGACUCAGUUCAUCAUUGUAGAAAAAGCCAUCAAUAAUCAUGCCAAUUCAUCAUCUACUUCAAACAUAAGACAUCAUUUCUUUCUUUUCUACCCUUAAUUUAGGCCCAACGUGCUGUUCUAGUAGCUAGGUGGCUGAGUAAUUGUUUCCACUAUUAAUUAAAUAAACAAGUGCAGCAAAAUUACAUUCAGCCUGCAUUCAUGAACAAUUUUUAUGUAUAUUUAAAAAUAAUUGUAAUUCAUUUAAAUGCAAAGUCCGAGUGCAAACGUAUGUACAUUCAGCGGAUCCUGCUGAUGCGGGUUCCUUCUACUUUUCUCAUAUUCAACAAUGAUUCGCCAUAAAAGCUAAUUGAGUAAGCGCUCCCUCUUGUGGAGAAUCUUCAGCAUACUGAAAGUGAAUGACUUACAAGCCUGGUUCAUAAACCAAGUAAAUGUAUCGCAUUUAAAACGUAGACAUGAUGCAAUACUUUGGGCCCUGCCUUCAAGUGAUUAUUUUGAAUUACUUUGAAACAAUAAAACACCACCAACAGCUCCUCAUGCACUAAUCAGGCAGGGUCUGAUGUGACAUCUAAUAAGAACACAUGAUCUGCAGACAGUGGGGGGUUGGGAAUAUAGUAGGCAAGAAACGCAGUUUAAAAUUUCAAAACCAGUCCGAUGUCUCUUGAAGGCAGGGCUCAAAGUAAGGGCGAUGACAGACAACAAGCAGGCAGUAUGAUGAAUGUAAGCCAGGAUGGCUGAAAAGUUGCCAAAUAAGACACCGUGCAGUAAAAACAAAUCAUAUUUUGCAAGGCAAAUAUGAAUCUCUUGAACCCUCAUUUUGAAGCCUUGACUCAUUAGAAACAUUGUUAUACCUUUGGAUGUUAAAAGUACACAGACUACAGGAAGUUCUGGAAGGUUUUUGAGGUAAAAAAUCUGUAGGUGUAUGGUUGAUUUCCAUGGGUAGAAAAUACUUGAGUUAUAGUACUUUCUUACUGGUUCUCUGGAAGAUUUGCACUUUACUCAAGUAUUGUUGAAAAUAAGUAUUUGUAAAUAACCCAAGUAAAUUUCCAAGAGACAAAACAUACUUUUUACUCAUUUUUCAUUGUGACUUUCAGUUUACUUGUUACCAAUAUCAAAAUCCAUGAGAUUUUUCUUAGUUACCGAUUCAGGAUGAGACAUUUCCAUGCUCUGGACUUUGGGUUUGACUCCGCCCAGGUAAAAAGAGUUGAAUCGGGUCUCAUGCCUAUGGACCUUUUUAAUCUGCAGUGAGGGGUACUUGUCUCCAUUACCUCCCAAGUAAAAAUUAAAUAUCGUCAUUAAGAAUUCGCCAUGAGGGCCGAGUUAUGUUCAAUUUAAAUUAAAGUAAAUUAUCUAGUAAUGUUUUGUAAUUUCAUUGUUCAAUUAGCUAGCUAGUGAAGUUCUGUAAAUUAGUUUAAGUUAGCGUUAAGAACGUGGUUUUGGAAUUCAUGCAUAAAAGAUUAUUAAACAUAACCAGCAAACCAAAUUCUAGGUUUGUCUGAGUUAGUAGAAUAUUUUGCUUAUAACUGAUUGCUUAGUGAACUAGCUACUGUCGGGCAUGAUGAACUUUUCUUUUCAUCAGUUAAAAAUAUUAACUUUUUACUGUUGAAUACUUGAGUAUAUUUAAAUGUAGAUACUUUUGGACUUUCACCUAGUAGAUGUUGGCCUCCAUAGUUCUACUAUUAAUUGAAUAAGAUUUUGACAGUACUCAUACUUUUACUUAAGUACAGUUUCUCUAUAUUUUUUUUUCCACCCCCACUGAUUUCACUGCAAUUUGCUGCCAAAAUUUUGAACAACAGUCACCAGAUCUGUAUUCUCAUUAGAAACCAUGUUUGGCCUUGCUAGACUAUUUGUGCACUACUUUGCAUGACUACAUACUUAUAUAACAUUUUCACUAACUUGAAAAGACUUACUAGUAAAGUACGUACUUAUUAAAACAAUUGUGAUUAUGUUGCAUGUGCCCUUUAUUAAAAAAUUGUAACCUUUGACAUAAGGCACCACAGUGGUGAACUGGCUAUAUUGCCUGUAGGUGUGAACAUGUGAGUGAGUAGUGUCCUGUGAUGGACUGGGGUCCCAUCCAGGGUGUGUCCCUGCCUCGUGCCCAUUGUUUUUGGGACAGGCUCCCGAUCCACUGCAACUUUGACCAGUAUAAAGCAUUUAUUGAAGAAUAAUGAAUGCAUGAAUCUUUGACAGUGGGUUGUUUUCCAACCCUUACCAUUUUUCCAAGCAACAUCACAAAACCAAACAGUAUUAUUAUACCUUUAUCCAAGAUUCCAUGGCCUGUUUACUGCUGUCAUUCAUCUUUCAGUCACACCUUUUCCAAAAACCCAGCAAAUCCAUCUCCCUGUUACGCAAUACCCAUCUCAGUGCCAUACCACUCUCACUCUAUUUUUGUCAUUCGUUGCAACAUUCCAGUCACAUGGUUCUGUUUACUCACUUGGCUCCAUCACAUUUCUGGAAAGUAGCUUUCAAAUUACAACACAGGAAACCCAAUUACACUCGGCCCAUCCACACACACGUACACACAUCCUACUGGAGUGAUGAGCCAGAUCAGCUUGUGCUGCACUCUGAAGACUCCCAAGCCAUCUGCUGCUACUAUCUCCACCUGUCCAUCUCCAGAGUAAUCACCUCAAUUUUUCUUCCGGCUGCCUCCCCUUUCUCACUUUUUAUCUGUUCUCAGAUCUGUCUGCCAAGCCAUCAGCUCCUUAGAGGGUAAGAAUCCUGGAAGUCCAAGGAAUCUUCCAAGCAUGUUCCUCAGGGAAAGAUUAC